GCGGCGACGGGUUGAGCCAGCACCGGUCCCUCAAAGUGUCUUGUGGACGAGACUCGAUGAGAGACGCCAUUAAGGACAUCAAGUCCAAGAAGAAGACAAGAGACGGGCAACGUGCCCAUCGGCGUCAGCACGUGGGUGGAAGGCAAAAACUGAGGACCGACAUUCCUAUUGAUCCACGACGGAGAAGGCAUUACAAUUUCAACUACGACAUGCACCAUGACUACUCCGGUAUCUCAUCCCCUGCACAUUUUGGCAGCAUCACCCCUCAUCCUCUCUACAAGACGGUGCGCACCAGUGACGUGCCAGUGACCUUCUGGAACGUACCCUUGGGCAGCGAGUCUCUGCUGGUCCACCGUCUGUUGAAGUCACCUCCAGCGAGCAAUGAACUGUACCCGACGCCAAUACCCUCUUACUGGCGUCCGACGUACGUGAACGGCGGGUCUCACAACCAGGGGGCUCGCGGCCCCAACAACCGUUACCCGGGCGUUUAUCGCUCCGUGGUGCACAAGCGACCCUUCCAACCUACUCCUUCACCUUCUCCCGGUUUCUAUGGGGGUGUGCACCCCCGCGUCUACCCCCAGCCGCCAGGUCCCACCAGCGGGGUGUGGUGUCCCCCAAGGUCUCCGGGUUGGCCCUCUUCCCGCCCUGUGUACCCCACGAGUACUUCCACCACCUCGACGAGGCCUGUGCUCAACGUGAAAGACAAACUCGAUCUUGACGACGCGGAAGAGGACGACAAAGGGGAGGACGUCAAGAAGACUCCUCCCGGAGAUGUCAAAAUAAUUGGCAAGGUUGGAUUAGACGAUUUUAGGAAGUGAACUAAGGACAUUUUUAAUUUUAUUUGGUAAUAUAAUAUAUUCAAUAAUUGUGCUUAUGUAUAUUGAACUAAAUCAUAGAGAAAUAUAGUCCAUAAAAG